GUGCGUGCGAAAUUUAAAAAGAAACAUGUCGUGCCACCUUCGCACGCAACGACCGAUCGAGUACUGUUCAUUCGCUUGAGACGAUUAAAAAGAGGAUUAUACAGAAUUCACGAUUCGAUAUUUUUGUCCCGUUCAGAUGAUAUGCCCUCGCGGAGCCUUGACUCCACACAUCUCUCAGUCCUAGCAUGGACCUAUACUCAUAUUCUAGUUAUAUGCUUUCACAUGCGACGGUGGUGUAUGUAGCUCAUGCUCACUGAUGAACAUCGCCAAUUUGCAAUGGUAUCGGGGAUUUCUACUUCCUGGUUAUCGUGUACUCUUGAACAGUCACCACGGAGGACAAAGUUAUCAUGGACGACGACGCAAAGGCAGCGGUCUCCGUAGGGCGACCUCGAUCUCGAAAAGCGAAUUCCUGUUGCGGUGGAUGCUCCAGCUGUAGCUCGUCGUGGUUGCUCGUCGUGUACGGUUUCUUCGCCAUCGCUUUCACCAAUGGAUGUUUUCGGGCAAUCACUAUCUUCAUGCCCGAGUUCAUUGUGGAGUUCGAAAGCAGUGCUACCCUAAUGGGCUGGAUAUUUUCCAUCGACCCUUUCAUGCUUGGCGUCAUGACUCCUUUCGCUGCCUAUUUCACCUCCAAGUUCGGGACACGCCCCGUUGUCAUGGUAGCCGGAACAUUCGCUGCAUCCGGGGUUCUGCUCCUCUCCCAGGCACGCCACAUAGCACUGGUGGGGUUCGCGAUAGGUGCAGUGACAUCUACUACGCAGGCAACUGUCUACGCAUCUUCAGUACUACUGAUACGUCGAAACUUUCACCGUCACUACGCACUGGCCCACGGUGUUGUAAUCUCCGGCUACAGCUGCGGACUCUUCGUUUUUCCACCCAUCCUGGAGGCCUUAAGCACCACCUACAGCUGGCGUGGUACGUGCCUUAUCGCAUCGGGAAUCAUGUUCAAUACGGUCCUGAUGGGUGCCUUGAUGAAGCCACUCAGGACUCGAGACUGCUAUGUGCAGAUAGAGAUGGACAACAAAGCAAUACGUCGACCCGUGGGCGAGCAGGAUGUUAAAACAGGAAGUAGUAUUUCAUUGAAUUGUCAAAACCCAACGGUCAGCGCUGACCAUGAGUGCAAUAACGAUCAGUAUGACAAAGUUGAAGUCGAAGAAGAUUCAGCAGAAAACUAUUCCACAGACAUUAUAGAGUGCAAGAAUAAAAAUCCCGACCUUUUAAAGAACGGGGUAGUCUCUACCUCACUUUCAAAUGGAAAUGAAAUGUUUGACAGGGUAAAGGAGGUCAAUACAAUCGCAGCUGUUGACCAAGAACUUAAUGAUCAUUCGCAAAAGAGCCUCGACCUUGAUCAUCAACCAUCGGCGGCACCGGAAUGCAACGCAGACCGAAUUAUGGUGUCAGGAGUGGGAUCAAGUCCAAAAUCCAGAUGCCGUCAGAGUGUGAUUGCUUGGAACUACCACACCUUUGUCAUCUACACCCUAUCCAUGUUCUCCACAACGGUCGGAUAUAGUAUAUUCUUGCUCCACGUCUCAACUUCAUUUAAGGAGUUCGGAGUAGAUCUGAAGGAUAUCGCAACAGGUCUCUCUGUCUUUGCUGCGUUCAAUCUCAUAGGCCGGGUGUCCAAUGGCUUGUGUGUCUCCAGAGGGAUUCCUCCUGCCCAUCUCAUCACUCUGGCCGAAAUCCUGGCUGUCGUUUCCAUCAUGGGGGUGUUUCUUUGCAAACAAUUCCCUAUACGAGCGACUGCCGUCGCACUGUACGGGAUGGGGACAGGAGUAUACACCACCUUAUUUUACGUCUUUCAUCGGGAGAUAGUAGACCCUAAAGUGGACGUCAAGACCCUCUCCAUCUUCAUAUUUAUAGAAGGUUUGGCCGGACCAGCAGGAGGUGCAUUAGGAGGUCUUCUUCGGGAUGUAACUGGCGAUUAUCGACUCACAUACUUCACUUCAGCAGGGCUAUCCCUCUUCGCUGCGGUGCUCAUGAUCGUGGUAAUAGUACUAGAAAGGCGUCGAAAGAGGAGCAGCGAAAUCGUGAUGGAUGUCUGAUUAUCCCAUCCCCUUGAAUCUUGUACAGGAGACCUGGGCGAUGGUCGAGGAUCUCAUACAUUUCCAAGGCAUACCGCUACCAUGGAAGACCUCUCUUUAAACAUUUCAGCGUCGUGGAUUUGUGAAGUUAAUUAAAUUAAGUUCAGAAACAAACUCCUACGAGACAAAAUGUGGAGAAUAAUGUACAAAUAAUGCAGAUAGCCGAGGGCAUUACCACUACACACAAGCUACCUUUUGAUCAGAUCUAGCACGCCCAAUGCAUAGGCCUACCUCAUGGCGUUUGGACUGUUUCAAAAUGUAACUAGGUUAGUGUGGGUAAUGUCCGAGCAAAAUGACAUUCAAUAUAUAUUUUAGAAGAUAGUGAUGUUUAACCUUGUUAUUCGACAAAUAAUCCUCAUUUCAAAAUCAUAACCGGUAAUAGAACUAAUCAAACUCAGUACAAGUCAUUGGCAGAUUUGAGACUGGCGCGCUGCCUACUGCGCUAACGAGGCCACUCCAUUGCCUAUAUUGGCUAAAAUAAAUGACAUGCCACGUGUAGAUUUCAGCAAAUCGUUUGAUUGGGUUCAACAUCACCAUUUUAUGAUUAAUAGAAGUUAUGUGUUAUCUAAUAUAAAUGCCUGGUAAUUUGUUUGAUUUUAGUAAAUCAUUUGAUUUGGAUCUAUUACUAUUUUAUGACGUACAACAUGUACAAAUAAUGCACGCUAUUUCGAGUAUUAAACAUAUUCCAAAUAAUGAAUGCGUUAUCCAUUUCAUUUCAUCAUGAGUGCAGUGAACGCACUAUUAUGCUACAAACCAUCGCUACAAACGACCCCUACAGUGCAAUCCAUUAAUAUCAUGUGACCAGAUUUGAACCAAUCGGAUUGCAGAACGCUCUUUGUACAGCUGAAGUUGUCUACGGUUGUACAGUGUUUAUUUUGCUGAGACGGUAUAUUGCCAGCUCCAUUGACAGUGGCAAAUGUCGCUUGGUUUCCGGUAUCUUCUCUUUAUAAGGUGUUAGCAAGUUAUAACCCCUCUCCAUGACAACUGAAUAUAAUGAUAUCAUUUUAAAACGAUGUAAUGUUUUUACAUAGAGAGCAGCUCAUCGGCAGCUCAUACAAGAUUUAUUUUUAUAUUCAUUUCAGCAAUGAAUAUUACACCUUGGACGAAAAUACCUAUAGAUUUUAAACGCAAUUAGAGCAUCCUGCUUAUGUGUGACUCAUAGUUAUUUUCAGAGAUGUGUAUGUACAUUUCAAUACAAGAUGUUUGAAUUCAACAAAUUCUUAAUGAAAUACAAUAUUUAUCUUUAUAUUUCUACCAGUACUGAAUAUACAUUAAACCCUAGACGAACAUACCUAUUCAAACGCAAUUACAGCAAUUACUUGUCAGAGAUAUAUAUCUCAAUACGAAGCGUUUAGUGACUUUAAAGAAGAAAUAAUUAAAUAAAUGAAUGUAAUUGCUCCUACAAUUCUUCUUAUAUAUAACAGCAGUAAUACUGGAUUACUCUUAUGUCCAAGUUUCAUGAAUUAUGUUCAUAUACUUCCUAAGUUAUGAUGACAUUUCAAAAACUGUUGACGACGCCGCCGUCGCCGCCGUCUGGAAAGCGGCGCCUAUAUAGACUAUAUAGACUAUAGAAAAGAAGUUAAAUAUAGUUUGUCCAGCUUCGCGAUCAACAUUGUAGUCAUAUUUGGUUUAUUUGAAUUAAUUAUAGACUAUAGAAAAAGUUAGAGUUUGUCCAGCUUCGCGAUCAACAUUGGAGACAUAUUUGGUUUAUUUGGAUUAACUGAUUUAAAUGUUUCAAGAUUGAGACUUACCAAGCGAAAUUUUCAUUGUAAAUCCUGCUUUUAAAAGUAAAUAAAACAAUAAGGAAGACAUG